CUUUUCAAAGUGUUUCGUUCAGCUUACCCAAACACUUCGUAAUGAUUCAACUCACGAAAAAGGAGAUUCUUAUCCGUGAUAUUGAGCCGAAUGAGACUGACAUUGCCGUCAAAAUAUUCAAGAAAGAAUCGUUCGAACUUGUGGACUUGUUUUGGAAUAGCAACGUAUCACUCACUUUCAUCUCCCAUUUUGAGUGGAUUUGUACCAGUAUAGUCUGCUGUUUAAUAGGUUAUUUCACAGAAUCGAUAACAUACAUUAUGUUUACUGUAAUAUCAUGUUACAUCAUUCGUUAUUUUCAAAUACUACGUUGUUACAUGACAUAUUGUAGUGACACUGUAAAAACUGAAAUGACUGAUAUAAUAAACUCAUUUGUAAACGAAGAUGGAUGUUGCUUCAAAGUUGCUGUUUUUGAUGGCGAGGUAAUUGGGACGGUUGCAGUAAGAAAAUACGCGUCUAAUCCCAAAGGAAGAACCGCAGAGCUUUUGCGUAUGUACGUCACAAAGAAGUACCAAAGACGUGGUGUGGGGAGUCGUUUAUUAGACGUUGCACGAGAUUAUUGCGUCACUUAUGGUUACGAAAACCUGGUUCUCAAGACAACUGUCGGCAAUGUGAAAUCGACGAAUUUCUACGUUAGGUAUGGUUUCAAUGAAUUGCAGAAAAUAAUGGAAUCAGGUGUCGUCACAGCCAUCUAUUGGAUGUCCCUGAAAAAGGAAGAUAAACAAAAUAUUUAAUUGAAGAAUGUACUAGAGUAUUCAACGCUAUAUGGUACAGUGAGUUUUGAAAUCACACUACCGUUUCAUGUAGACCUAGGCCUAAGCCUUUAAUUUUAUUCCCUUCACAUUCAACAGCAAGUACACUCACCACUUACAUGAUGGAACGAUGCUUUGUAAACCAAGGCUCUUAUUGAGGCUUAGGAAGUGGGGUUGUUUUUAGUCGUGAGAAAAUACCCUGCUGUGAGAGGGAUUGAACCCAGGACCCUGAGAUUAGAAGGCAAGAAUAUAACCAGUAAGAUAUUCAACUGCACUAAUCGGCAUCAUAAUUCAAUCAUUAUAAUAAAUUCGAAAAGAAUUUGUCAUCUUUAGUCAAAACAAAGUUUAGAAAGCUAUGUAUUUAUGCUCACGGCCGUCCGUCUCUUCAACAGAUAAUAUACUGUACCUUAAUAAUCAAAUGUCUCUUAUCACACUGUUUUAGCUGUUAAAACUGUAUGCUUAUGUCUAUUUUACUUAUAAUAUGUAUGAAUGGAAGAAUUUGAAUCUGAUUCUUAAUGUAAACCAGGGAAUGACACAAUGAUGUUUAGACGUACAGCAAGCA